CAUAGUUCCUUCGCUCUCUAUCAUUUCUAUCUCUUUCUCUGUAUUUUCUUUAUCCACCAAGAGGGCUUUGCAUGGAAGAUCAGUUUCCUAAGAUGGAAACCUUCAUGCUACAAGAGUUGCCAUCUUAUAUGGCGUCUGGAUCAAAUAUUUUUGGUGAUCCAAUUAUGUGGCGUGCUCUAACACAAAGUGUUUGUUACCACCAUGGUGGCAUGAAAUCAUCAUUAGCAGCAUCAUCCCCUGAUUGGCGGUUUUCAUGUUGGGAUUCUAGUUCUUCCACAGAGGAGGCUUCUGAUAUCAAUUUGCCUAAUAGCAUUCCUGGUUUCACUAAACAGGAUGUUUUUCAUAAACACCAUACAAGUCCUUUUCUUUCAGCAGCAGGUGCCAAAGAAAGCUUCAUUCCAGUAAAUUUUUUGGACACGUUUCCAAAACCAAGUCAAGCUCAAGCUUCUACACUCUCUUCUCCAUCUUCAUUAUCAACCACAUCCAAAUUCCCAAAUUUAACUUUGUUUCUGACAGAACAUACCAUGUUAGAUUCAUCUUCACCCAUUGUUGACUCACCUAGCAAGAAUCCAAAAUGUGAAUCUAUGUUAUCAUCUCCACACCCUUCAUUUUCCAUGUCUCAACUAGGCCAAGUUAAGUCCUCCAAAGGUUUUAAUGACUACUGGCUCAGCACCACGAAGACACAGCCAAUGAAGUACACGUCCACCGGACGAAGAAUGCAGAAUAAUCAGGUUGUGCACAAGACUACUAAUUUUUCAUCACAGGGAAAGCUAUACAGGGGGGUGAGGCAAAGGCACUGGGGGAAAUGGGUGGCUGAAAUAAGGUUACCAAGAAAUAGGACUCGGGUUUGGUUGGGUACUUUUGACACAGCUGAAGAGGCUGCUAUGGCAUACGACACAGCAGCUUAUAUGCUACGUGGGGAAUAUGCACAGUUGAAUUUCCCAGAUCAAAAGCAUGCAAUUAAGGCCAAUUCUUUGAAUGGAACCACAGCAGCACUUCUGGAAGCAAAGCUACAGGCAAUAUCAUCACAAGGCAUUAAUUCUGCUCAUAAGAAGCCCACUGAGCCACUACCAAAAAUACCACCUAAGAACCUUUUAUCUGAGAACAUAAAAAUCCAAGGUUUGAGCCAAAAUACAUCGAGAAAAGAGUGGCAGUUUGAGUUGGAGAGCAAAGUUGGAUCAGGGGUACUGAUUGAGAACAAGAAAACUCAGGAGGUUUUAUCAGAUGUGGAUGCUGUUCAGUUAAGUAGAAUGCCCUCCUUGGACAUGGACAUGAUCUGGGAUGCUCUUUCAGUUUCAGAUCAUUUAUGACCGUCAUCUUAUUAUACAAAUGGUACCAAUUUCUGGAUUGAACUCAUCUUCAUGUGGGUAUUAUGUUUUUGCUUAAUUUGAAUAGCACAGCCAUUUUUCUUUCAGUAGGAAGUCUCAUACUUUCAUACUAUGGAUCUAUGCAAUCUUUG